GUAAGCUUGUGCGUUAUGAACCCUUACCGACAUGUAAUCUGUCAUUUUAAAGCAGAGCAAUUUGCUUGACAUUGCCGUGAUUACGAAGGAGCGACCAUAUUGAAACAGAAAUUCUGUAGUCGAACUUCAGCAGAGAAACCAUUUGAGUUUACGGGGUGGAGAGAAGAUGCAGACCUUGACAGCCCUUAAGUCGUUUGUUUUCAGCUACCCUAAAACUGUUGCUCUGGUCACAGUUACAGGGGUGGGGCUUUUUGGAGUAAAGAAAUGGAUGGCAGGUGGCGUUUGUCACAGCAAAGCCAGACUAGAUGGAAAAACCGUCUUGAUCACUGGAGGCAACACUGGGAUUGGCAAAGAAACUGCUGUUGACUUGGCUCGACGAGGAGCUCGGGUCAUUCUGGCCUGUCGAGAUAUGGACCGCGCUAAUAAGGCUGCUGAGGACGUGAAGAAGAGCAGUGGGAGUGACAAUGUUGUUGUCAAAAAGUUGGACUUGGCAUCUUUGCAGUCAGUGAGGCAGUUAGCAAAAGAUGUUGUGGCAAGUGAAGAGAGGCUGGAUGUUCUCAUCAACAAUGCAGGUGUUAUGGCCUGUCCAAAAUGGCAGACAGAGGAUGGCUUUGAAAUGCAAUUUGGUGUGAACCACCUGGGCCACUUCCUGUUGACACACUGCCUGUUGGAUCUCCUGAAGAAGUCGGCUCCAAGCCGCAUCGUCAAUGUCUCCAGUUUAGCUCAUGAAAAAGGUAAAAUCUUCUUUGAUGAUAUACACUCGGAGAAAAAUUACCACCCUUGGAAAAGCUAUUCACAAAGUAAACUAGCUAAUGUUCUCUUUACAAGAGAGCUGGCCAACAGGCUACAAGGCACUGGGGUUACAGCAUACAGCCUUCACCCUGGAGUAAUCCGGACUGAGCUCGGGCGACACUUCUGGCCCUCUGUGCCUCUGUGGAGGAGAGCUUUGUACAAACCAAUCAUGUUUCUCGUGAAGUCUCCAACACAGGGGGCUCAGACCACCAUUUACUGCGCUGUGGAGGAGAGCCUGCAGAAUCAAAGUGGACUCUACUACAGCGACUGCGCCCCGAAAACAGCGGCCCCUCAGGGUCGUGAUGAUGAAGCUGCCAAGAAGCUGUGGGAUCUGAGUGCCUCUAUGGUUGGUCUGUCAUAAUCACAGCGACAUCAGUGAAGAUGACGAUGAUCGUAAACGCCAUCAUCACAUCGGCCAGCAAAGUGGCCUGAGGAAGGACUGCUGCUCUGUCUAAUGAGCAUCUGCGUGCUUACUAUCAGCUGAGCUCCUGCUAAAUAUGACCAAUGAGUAAACAAACAGAAAUUCACAAGUGAUAGACAUUUAUUCAGAAACACCAAACUACUUGCAAAAAUACUAUGGUUCAAUAAUGUCUUUUCUUAAACAGGAGUUUCACAGGCAAGUUACAUGGAAGCUGUAUGAUCCUCAGAUUUGAUUGCCAUUAGCGUGGAAUUACAUUUUAAUUGAAGAAUUUCACUGAUAUCUGAACUGAACUGGGAUUCAUAUGUGGCUCAGUGUUCAUCAAAUUAAUUUUUGAGAAGGAUGUGCUUUUGAAAGUUUCUUUAACACUGUAAAAAAAAAACAUUUUCCCCUUUUGGGCAAUAAAGUGCUGUUAAAUAUA